AUUCUGAUAUCAAAUAUCUCUCGUAUAAAUUCACAAGCGGAGGAGAACGAAGACGAACUAUGUCGUCGACUCAGGAGUUGAGCCACAAGGCCGGAGAAAUCACCGGUCAAGCUCAGAUCAAGAAGGAUGAGUGCGUGAACAAGGCCUCGAACGCAGUGAACGAAGCGUCGUCUCAGGACAAUCCUUCCAUCACUUCACAGGCCUCAAGCUUCCUUCAACAGACAGGGGUACAAGUGAAGAGCAUGGCCCAAGGAGCGGCCGAUGCCGUGAAGAACACUCUCGGCAUGAACUCCGACAACAAUUCCGGCAACCCGACCGCCGCCGCCGGGAGCCGCCCGACCAACCCGGGCCCUAGGGUUUAAUUAAAGGAUUUAGAAAUUAAUAUUUUCCUCCACGGGAACAAUUUUUCUAAUAAGGGUGGUGAUUUUCUGAUGUAAAGAAUCAUCAAUUCAAUUAUUUGUAUUUCAUUAUUGUAUUUUCCAUUUUUUUUAUUCAUAAA